AUGAUCCCUUUUUUAUGGCACUAUGUAGAGAAACCAGGGAAAGUAUCCAUCAAAUCAUCAGAAUCACUCAUUCAAGCAACUUUGAUAAUAAAACGAUGGAAAGCACCGGCUGAUGAUGGAGGAAGUCCCAUUACAGGAUACCGACUGAUCUUACAAAAGGGUGAAACUGAGAUAGAAAAUAAUAAUAUCACCGACCCUGGGACGAUAACUUAUUCGUUUCGUGGUUUGGAGAAAGAUACCACCUACACGGUGAAACUGUUUUCCAGAAAUUUUGUAUUCGAGGGAGAUCCUACUGUAUGGAAAAUUAGCACCCUAUUUGAAGGUGAGGAAUCGCAAAAGAUGUCGUGACUGAGCACUUUACACCAAUCAUUUUUUUGCCAACUUAGAUUUGUGCCAGUUUUAACAAUGUUAUCUACUCGCCGCAGAUUGACGACAUCCUCCCAUGCGAUUAUCGAUAACUUUAUUAAAAGAUUUUUGAUUUUAAAUGCUUGCCCACUUCUUAGUGGCCAGUUUCCUUUCCCUCUCUAAUGGUUGUUUGAGAGGUACCUACGUUUUAAGAAGCAGAAUAAUUAAUAAACCACAGGUGAAAGUAGGUGAGAUGAGAAAACCAACUUAACGGAUUCCGUUUCAUACACUACGCUGACCUUUCAUUUCAAAUAA